GGGAGAAAAUGACCCAGUCCGCAGUAACCCAAGGCAUAUUGGUGAACGUUUGACCCUAGGUGACUUAGCACUACUAACUGAGCUGUGUUCUAGUUAGUUUUGUCGUCUAAGUGGUUUGGCAGGAGUAAAAGCUGUUCAGCUGUCUUCCUCGGGACUUGGGCAUUUUUGUAUAUAUGAAAACGUCUGAUUGGGCUUUAUCAAGUCACUGAUAAAUCAUGGCACCUGUAGAGAAGAGUACAGAAGAUACUAUAAGGCAAAGAAAAGAAAAUCGUUUAUUGGACCAAACCGAUAUAAAGGAAAUUGGUGCUGCGCAUGGUCAUGUUAAAAGUCUGGUAGAAUGGAAGAAACAUAUGGAGGUUUUGAAGGCAGAGAUGGUCGAGACUAUGAGCUGCCAGAUGAAAGACCUCCUUGACAAAGCUGUGACAGACUCUCUGCAAUCAUACACUCGAGACAAUGUUACCUCACUUCCAGACAAAAAGCGCAGAAAUGAAGAUUCUGAAAAAGGGAAAAGUUUCAUACAACGUGCUUCUCUGCUGGAUGAACUGAUGGAGGUGGAACACUUUCGCACUAUUUAUCACAUGUUUGUGGCAGCGUUGUGCGUCUUUGUUAUCAGCACUGUGGCUGUGGAUCUUAUUGACCAGGGCAGAUUGGUUUUAGAGUUUGAUGUGCUGUUUUACACCUUUGGACAGUUUGGCACCGUGGUAUGGUCGUGGAUCUGUCUCUUUAUCUACGCUCUCUUCUUGCCCUACAAAACCUUGCACUUCUGGGGAUCUCGCUAUUCCAAGUCAAAACAUCCAUUCCUGCUGACUGCAUCUGUAAUCAGCAUUUUUAGUAUCUGUCAGUUUUGUGUAUUGGGUGUUUUCCCCCCAUACAUUGUGCUACAUUACAAAUUGCCUCCAGCCUCCAGCUUCGUAGUGAUCUUAGAACAGGUUCGUUUUCUAAUGAAGACCUACUCCUUUGUACGAGAAACUGUUCCAUCUGUGAUUCGGAAAGAAAGGAAUCCGGAUCAACUACCCAAACUUUCAAGUUAUCUCUAUUUUCUAUUCUGCCCAACUCUAAUAUAUAGAGACAGCUACCCCAGAACCCCGUAUAUCAGAUGGAGUUACGUGGCUAGGAAUUUUGCUCAGUUCUUGGGAUGUCUGUUUUUUGGAUAUUUCACAUUGGUCACAUUGUGCAUUCCUGUCUUCACUAAUAUGAGCAAGCAGCCAUUCCACAUGAGGACUUUGGUGCUAUCUUUUUUCCAUGCUACCUUACCUGGCACCUUUGUUCUGCUGAUCUCGUUCUUUGCCUUCCUGCACUGCUGGUUAAAUGCUUUUGCAGAGAUGUUGCGCUUUGCAGAUCGUAUGUUCUACAAGGAUUGGUGGAAUUCAAAAUCAUUUUCAAAUUAUUACCGCACAUGGAAUGUCGUUGUCCACGAUUGGUUGUAUUAUUAUGUUUACAGAGACAUUCUAUGGCUGUGUAAUCGGCGGUUCCGCGCAGGAGCAAUGCUGGCUGUAUUCUUCAUGUCGGCCAUCGUACACGAAUAUGUCUUAACAUUGUCACUUGGUUAUUUCUACCCGGUCAUGUUUUGCCUGUUUGCCAUCUUUGGAGUUGUCUUCAACUUCGUCAUUAAUGAUAAUCUAACAAGCCCAUUCUGGAACGUGAUGGUUUGGACCUUCCUGUUUAUUGGCCAGGGUAUUCAGUUGUGUUUAUAUUGUCAGGAGUGGUAUGCGCAAAUACACUGCCCGCUCACUGAGAAAACAUUUUGGGGAUUUGUGACUCCUCGUUCUUGGUCAUGUCAGAUAUAGUUAAUGAAUAUGGUACUGUUUAGCGUUCUGUGAAACGUUGAACGCAUAUGUGUUGCACUGGAAAUUCCUUAAUACUACAUGGCUAAAUAUGGAUGUAUGUGGCUGCAGAAUCCUUAUCCUCUAGAUGUAAUCUGUACUGUUCCAGAAAUCAAGAUAGCAUUGUCCAGAAUUCUAUGUGAUUAUCUCUAUGGACUUUGGAGAGACUUUGAGUUUGUCUGACACCAGAGUGCUGUCAUUUACACAGAAUGCAGAGUUACAGAGUUGUUCUGCUACAUGGUCACAUAUCUCAUGAAACCUUAAAUGUUUCUUAUUUGGUAAUACCAGGAAUUAUAUGAAAUGACAAUAUUCCAGAUUACAAUGUAUCUGAAACAAAUUGCUUAAUGGAAUAACUGGCUAAUCUAUACAAACUGAUGUUCAUUUCACAUGGUGUAACUCAAAAUUGUGAUAUGUGCGUGGGUACAAAGGUGGGGUUUCAAUGACUGAAGAAGUCCAGAAGUUUUUUAAUUUGCCCCCCUAAGCCAAAGAGUUGGUAGAAGCAAUUUGCUGCUAUUGGUUACUGACUUGUUCAUCCAGAAAACAUCUUGUACAUUUGUCCAUUAAGGUGGGCUAUUGGCACAACUGGUAGUAGCUAUCCCCCUAUUUUCUCCAAGCUUAUAUUGUGCUCUGCCUGCCUUGUGUAAAAAUAAGCCUCUUGGGGCACACAUUUAAGAAUAUUUCAGCUUGUUCUGUCUUCUUUCCCAGUCUCUCUUCAUAGUAGUUAUUUUUUCUAUGAUAUUUGGGCCCCAUUUUGUUAGGGGAACUGGAGCAAAUGUCCCCACUGUUCAUGGAUAACUAAUACCCUGACCACACUUCAGACCUGUUAUAAAGCAAAUUUCUCCUGUGACUGGAUAUCCUUGCAGACAACACGUAGGUCUAUUUUAACCAAAGCGCGGCUAGAUUCUGUAUUCAGUAUAUUCUGUUUAUUUCAAUUAAAUAAUUUCUCACCCUCUCUGAUCAUAAAUAUAUUGCAUUGAAUGUAUCCAACAUCAACCAUCAAACAAUAAUAAAAUGCUCUUUCUAUACAUAAUUAUUUGUAAGGUGAAUUGUUAUGCUGUUAAUUGCAUGCACCUUAUGUCACUUUAGACUCAUUGUGUAGAAAUUGCAUAUGGGGCCUUUUAAUAACAAAUUGUGUU